AUAUGUGUGUGGUGCGUUUAAGGAUAUAGCACUAAAUUCAGCGGUAAAUUUAAACAUGCAGUCCUUUCUAAUCAUUUUAUUUGUGACGUCAUUCCAAGACUGGGCGACCAGCGUGACUACAGAUCUGGAGUUCUCGUCGUUUAGAGUGGUCCGCCCGUAUUCGACUGGGUCUGUCUCGUUUCUCGUGGACACUGAAAUUGACACACAUUUCAGUUUCAAAAUAACCAAUAACGGAGAUAAUCUCGGAGUCGACAAUGGUGAUCCACCCUUUAAUAUCACGUUAUACCUAACAGACGCCGAUCAGACGGACCAUCUUUAUGAUCUGCACACAGUUUCUGAUCAUACCACAAACAUUUCGGCAGAACUUCUCCAGAAUGGUGACGUCACUUUGACAACAUCGAUCGGUUUCAGUUACCCUAAAACGCAGUGUGGGGCAGCCAGCUACAUAUGUGCUGGCAUACUGCCAUCCUUAUACGUAGACAACACUGCCAGCAAUGACGUAAAGUGUCUGCGCAUGGCAAAUGGGGAUAUCGACUCGUAUGCUGGGGCUACAAACUGUCCAGAUAUUGCCGUGGAGAGUUUCACCAUAACAUCGCCCUCAACGGUGGAGUACAUCCAACAUAGUAGUGUUGAUAUCAAGUUGACUGUUUCUCUUAUCAAUUACGGCAGUGACAUUGACACUGCGCCUGCCCUAAAGGAAAACUUCUUCUUCGAAAUUGUUUUGUCAAGCGACGAUGAUUUAAACAAGGACAACGUUACAAUGGUGAACUUCACCAUGGACCAAUCACAAGCUGUGAAUGCUAAUGGAGGCAUAUCUCAGGACGCCUCGCUCUCGAUCACCGAUCUGAGCGCUACGCUGAUUGCACCGGAGUCCGAUGAGCGCUGUCAGGAAUUGAUAUACUUCUGUCUCGUUGUUACUCCUGGAACUGACGCCGCCUUCGGUGAAUUCGAGACAGGCAACAACGCGAAAUGUGUCAAGUUUGACGUUUCAGACGACGCCACCAACGAUCCAGGAGUAUUGACAUGCAAAGGUAAACUCAUGGAUCGUAGCAAAUAUAAAAUCGCAUUGUACCCCUCGCUGUUCCUUGGAUUUGUAGUCACGCAGUCAUUCGUGGUCACACAAGCCGUCGAUGCAGAUUUAUACGUUUUUUCGGUGAGUUUUUCAUUGGCACCACCAUCGUACGUCGUUGACAGUAGCACAGUCAUUGCAACGUCAGCACAUAUACCCCCUACUCUGAGCAUUAAAAUCGCUAACCAGGGACCGGAUGAUUUGGGGGUGGCUUCGUCGGGAUAUCACUACAAUAUUUCGUUCUAUCUGGCUGAGAGCGUUGACAUGUUGAAUCCAAUUUCACUGAACUCGUUUGAUAUAGGAACGGAAGAUAGCAACCGGGCGAACGCAAUACCUGUUGGUGCGGAUUCAGCGAUUACGUACGAUAGCUGGACAGCUUCCCUAACCUACCCUGCUGACAAGUGCGCCACCUAUAGUCACUUCUGUGUGGCUAUUGUUAAAGAUGGUGAUGCCACAUACAUUGACAGCAACUCCGCAAACGACUAUAAGUGUCUCAAGUUCGUGUCCUCUGGUUCAGAUGGAGUGUCUGCUGCAGGGAAAACGAAUUGUCCGCCUGACCCGAGUCUAAAGACAUUGGUUGUCACUGGUCCACUAGAGCUAACAUAUGCUGCCAGCGACUCGCCCCAUGUGGUCAGCGCUGAUCUUGAAAUAUUAAAUUCGGGUGGGACAGGGGAUGAAGACGCUUUCACAAUAACACCAGCAAAUUUUUCACUGGAGGCGUACCUAUGUAGUGCGGACGACGGUGACAUGUCUUUGUGCAUGGAGUCCGGCGACGUUGGUGCGUCAUCGGAUGAUGCGUUAACUUUCAAUCCAUGGGACACUGUUACUAUGGGCAAUCUUUCCAUCUCAGUUACUAUGCCUUCCGAUGGUUGUUAUGACGACGGCUACGUGUGCAUCCAGAUGGUGAAAGAUGGCGCUGCAACUUAUAAUGACGACUCAUCUAACAACUACGUAUGCCUCGAGUUUGGUGAUAUAUUGGAUGGGAAAGCAGGAAUCGUAGCAUGUUCAACGGAAGAACCGAUGGAAGCAGAGUCAGGAGAAUUCAUCUUGUCAGUACUCAUUGCUACGACAACCACCUGUUGCUAA